CACCAUUACCAUGAAGCUCGCUGGUGCUCUGGUGCUGCUCGGGGCUGCCCUGCUCCUCACUUCAGGGGGAGAUUGUGGCAUUUGCCCAGUUAUAGAAGAGGAUGUUGGCCUAUUUCUGUCCGGGACCCUAGACGACUAUGUUAAGUAUGUGGCAAGAUACAAAGAUGACCCUGAAGUAUUGGAAAGUACUGGAAAAAUCAAGCAAUGUGUCGACAGCACCUUGACAGACGAAGACAAGAAAAACGCAGCUGCUGUCAUCGAAAAAGUAAAAGCCAACCCGUUGUGUUGAUGGGUACAUCUUUGACCACAAGGAAGCCUCUUACCAGCUUCUCUGCAUAGAUGCAGCAAUCACUACUCCUUCCCCCCAGGUGUCUAAAAACAGGAAUCCAACAAUAAAAGCCUUGCAAUUCA